AUGCAGGCCGACAGCGCCGCAGGAAGUCAGAAACGACUCGUACCCGCAAAGAGACGGCGCGGUGGGUCGGAUGCGGGCAAGGAGAAGUACGAUCCGCAGUACAACGACGAGGAAGCGGAUAUCAUUCUCGUUUCCUCGGAUGGCGUGAAGUUCAGGGUACACAGCUAUUAUCUGAAGGCUGUCAGCUCUGUCUUCCGCAGCAUGCUACAGGACUGUUCCAGCGUCCAAGGACCGGAAAUCCUCCUCACCGACUAG